AUGGAACAGUUCAACGACAUUGUCUGUAUUCGAUAUCCGCAUUUGUUUAAGCCGACACAAACGGUAAUUGAAUUUAGUAUUUUUUACAUGUAUUUUUCGAGUUAUUUUAAACGUGGUUUGCUUGAAGUUCCCAUAUAAAAUAUUUUGCAAAAUAACUAACCGAUUUUAACCUAAUACAGUCUUCAAAAAUUAUUUAAAUAUUUAUAAUGGUAAACUUUAAAGGCAUUAGCUGUUUUGCUGUUGAUAGCCAUUGGUUCAGCAACCCCUGUCGAUGGUAGUGGAGUGCUAUGGUUUGUCACGUUAACUUGCCUAUUUGUUAGCACGACAGCAACUGUACUGUUUAUGUUAGACCAGACGGAAACUUUAAUUCAAAAUCUAAGCGGCGGAUUAAUUGGAUAUUCAGUAGUUGUAAGGAAAUUUAACAUUUUUUUUACUUUUAAUUUUCAUUUUUUUGUUUAAAAAAGCUGCCUCUAAGAAGUAAUGUCGUAGUGAGUUAGUUAUAGGCAGUUUUUUGGUUCAUAUAAUUUUAGGAAUUUGUCUACUCGGCGGUUUUAACAGCGUUGUGCGGAGUUAGUGUGUGGCUAAGUUUUGGAUAUUCAAGUCAUGUUCCAGAAGGUGGCCAUUCGACGGGUUAUAUUUUCACAGGCUUUUUCAUGCUGUUGGAAGCAUCUGCGUACGCCAUUCCAGCUUCAAUGAUUUACGAACGAGUGCAGUGGGAACAACAAAAUGUCGAUCAGAGCACAGUACAUUACAAUAAUCCAAACACCGACGGGUACCAAACGGGUAACAAUCAGCCGCAAAACAUUGUUUGA